AUGGAGGCGAUGAUGCAGCAAUCCGAUGCCAAGCCCGGCCCAGAGGCACCCUGGGUGGUCAACAUCCAGGAGCUCUUCAAGCGCUACGACCAGCGCUACUUCCACUCUCUGGUGUCAUCCCGCGCCACACUCGCCUGGAGCGGCACCCUCAAAACCGACACGGGCAAGUGUUUGGUCCAGUCGGAGCAGGAGGGCGGCGGGGUGUUUGUGGACCUGAGCGAGCCCAUCCUGCGCUACUGCACCAGGCAGGACGUCAUCGACGCUCUCCUGCACGAGAUGAUCCACGCGUACCUCUACCUGACGGACGACCCCGACUGGAAGCAGCACGGCCCCUCCUUUAUCCAACUCGCCGAAACGAUCAAUCAGGCGGAGGGCGCCAAUGUGCAGCCGUAUCACACGUUCACGCGGGAGGUGGCCUUCCUCAAGCUGCCCGUGGCGAGCUGGCCCUCAUCGCCACACAACGGCCUCCGCGAGCUCACCACCGACGAGAAGGAGUCCCAGCGCCAGUACAUCGGCAGGCACUCGGGCGAGGGCACGCAGGAGCGUCCGGUCCUGCGGCUCGUCUGCGACGAGUACUACAACCGCGGCCAGCAGUCCCCCACCUCCCACUACUCGGCCAUCCGCAGGCCGCAGCCCUAA